AUGUGCGUCUCUGACGGCAGCGCAUCAGGCUGGCGCUUCGAUAACCCCUCGUUUUUCCUGAUGACGCUCGGGGAUCCUGCUUCUUUCACAUCUAUCCAGACUUUAUUAUUCUACGUCGCUCGUCUUGACUGGAAACAUUCUCUCGUUUUGUUGCUGGUGGACGAAGAAACAACUCAUUGCCUGGCUUGGAGAGGUGCUGAAAUGAGUCUCGCUACCGCCAUUCGUAUAAUCAGAACUCUUCCUGCGGAUAAGGUUUACAAACUUCUCAAAGAAGGGGGCCCAGUAGCUCUCACGCUGCUGCAGUUUUGGAACCAGAGAGGAGAAGGGAAAGCUGCGAGACAACAGGAGCUUACGCUGCAGGACAUACGCGACGCUCUGCCGAAGUUACUCUCCAGCAUCCAGUCGAGAGAGAUUCGGGUUGUCCCAAAUGCUUUCAACGCAGCUCCGACAUUUUUGACCUACUUCGAGGCAGCCGCUCUUGGUUCAAUACCUUUGGUACUAUUAGACCUCUCGAGUGCUAUCAAGAGAGUCGGUGCAAGCCUCGAUGCCAUACGAUCCGAACUCGAAAUCUCAAAUGUUGCCAGGGUUCAAGGUUGGAAUCAAGGCGGCUUUGGAGGCUACAUACAUCGCUUCGUUCAGAACGAGAUGUCUACCGUCAACGGUACAAAAGAUGAUCAACACCACUUCUUUUAUGUCUGGCACCCAGACAGCGAUUGGUAUCCUGCAUUCGAAGAAAGACAGGCACAACACCCCCUUGGUCCUGCAUUCGGUGGCUAUGAUCAUGAUCUUGCAACGAUCUGUGUGAGGAUGAGAGCCGAUAGAGAAGCUCUCAUUGAAACGACCGAUUACGGGCGUACCGCUAUGUUGCAUCUUGUCAUCCCGGCCUAUUACCCUCUCGUCAUAGACCGUCCCAUCGCCUUUGCUGACGAACUGCUACCACUGACCGUUACUGGAAGUCGGCAUCGUGGAACGGACCUUGUGUGGUUUGCACUUCGUCAUGAUAUGGAUGAAGUCAGGCUGCUUCUUAACUUUGUGGGUGUUCUGCCCGAUGAUUGUAACAUAGCAACAAAAGUCGGUCUCAUGGCAUACCUGGGUAGCGGGGCUGCGGGCUGGGUUUCUGGCGUGGGAUCGCUCGCCUUCCCUCCUCUUGUAUUAAUUGCGUACCCGUUAUGUUUCUCUACAGUGGCAUCUUGGGCGAUAACCGUAGCAGGUAGGGCUUAUGACGACGCAACGCGGGAAGCCACUCAGAUUCUGGGGGAUCCUAUAUUCUUGCGUUAA